AUGUCUGAAUUGAAUUUAUUCAAUACAAAUCAAGCAAAUAAUAAUGGUGAUUAUGCAUUAUAUUAUAAUUGUAUUCGUAUUAUUGUUCAAUUAUGGGCAGUAGAUGAAACUUCGCAGAUAACAUCUUAUUGUAUGAAUGAAUUUACACCUAAUUAUCAUAUUCAAUCUAAUGAUGUUAUUUAUCCACAUUUUACUUUUAUUGAACUAUCAGAAAAAAAUAUCACCAUUGAACAAUUAUCUGAUUGGUCAGUACCAAUCGAUCUUAUUGAACGAUAUCAAUACUAUUUAGAACAAUUAUCAACAUCGAAUAAUCAAAUGAUGGACCAAGAAAUUAUCUAUGAAUGUCCAUCAUACAGAUUUGGUCCAAUGUGUCAAUAUGAAUUAGAAAAUUUAUAUUCAUAUCCUUUUUUAUCAAGUUAUAUAUUUCUUUCAUAUAAUACAAAUCGUGAUACUUCAAAUUCUUUAUCGUGUUAUAUUCAUAUUAAAUGUAAUCGUGGUCCAUAUCCAUUAUGUUUAGAUUGGACUGAAGUUUGUGAUGGAAAAUUUGAUUGUCUUGAUGGUCCAUUUGAUGAAGAACAUUGUACACAAAUUGAUAAUGAUUAUGAGAUUCAUAAGAGUACAUUAAAAAUCGAUGGAUUUCCCGAUAAUCUUCUUGGUUAUCCACCUAUUGUUUAUCUUGAAGAUGUUAAAUGUCAUGAAUCACCUUUAACAAGUUCUUGUACGAAAUCACGUCAAAAACAAUUAUUCGAAGCAAUGUUUUCUAUCAAAGAUAAUUCAACAACAGAUAAUUGUUGGUCAGCAUUUAAAUGUAUUUUACCAAUAUCAAUAUCAUUAGGUUCAAUUUGUAAUAGUUUUUGUUCAAAUGAUAAUUGUCUUGAAAUUAUUGAAGAUGAAUGUCCAUCAAUGUUUUAUAUACCAAUUAUUCCUAUUCUAUUUACUAAUAUAUAUUUUGCUUAUGAAAAACUCGAUUCAAAAAUGUUCAAUCAUGGACUAUUUCAACAUCCUUAUAUUUGUUAUAAUGAUUCUCGUUACGAUAAGUAUUUUACUAAUGAAUCAGUACUAUUAUUUCAUUCGAGAAAAUGUUUUCGUUACAAGACUUCAAAUACAAAUCAUAUUUUUGAUUUGAAAUAUUUACAAUUAAUAUAUAAUACAUUUAAAUCUUAUAAUCAAUUUUCAAGUUCAUAUCAAAAGACAAGUAUUGAUUUACAUAUUCAAUCAUUACAAGCUUCUAUUAUAUCAGAUAAAGAUUAUCUCGAAGUUUUAUGUGUUCCUGAUGAUUCAUUACCAUGGAUUCGAGAUGAAAUUAGUUUAAUACAUGAUGGUGACUAUAUGUAUUAUUCAUGUUUAUAUGAUGAAAACAAGAUUCAACAUAAAAGGCCUAUUUUAUUUCAAUAUAUUUGUGAUAAAUAUAAUGAAUUAUUACCAAGAAUAAUUAACCAAACUGAUGAAACCGAUUGUGAUCAUUGGCCAUGUAAUACGAUAUAUACUCGUUGUGAUAAUUUUUGGCAUUGUUUAAAUGGUGAAGAUGAACUUAAUUGUGAUCGAUUUCCAUUAUUACAAUGUUCUUCUAAUGAACAUUUAUGUAUUUCAAUCCAAACAAAUGAAAUGAUAUGUUUAUCAAUGAAGAAUAUAAAUGAUAAGAAAAUUGAUUGUCUUGGUGCAUAUGAUGAGCCAUUACUAUGUAAUAAAAUCUCUCGACAUAAUACUAAUAAUUAUUAUUCACUAAAAAAUGGUUUUGGAACAUGUAUUAAUUUUAUUGAUUUAUGCUGUGAUAUGAAAUAUUUACUUGAUGGAAAGAUUUGUUUAGAAUUAACCAAUAUUUCAAAUAAUUUACAAUAUCAACGAAAGAUACAAACAUUUCUAUGUAAUAGUUUUUCGUAUGAAAAUAUACGACUAAAAUUAUUUUGGUUACAUCCUUUAACAAACGAUUUAUCGAAAAAAAUGUCUAUUGCAAAAACACCUACAAAUAAAUUAAUUAAAGUUACUAAUGAAAAUCGAUGCCAUCAAGGACUUCAUUUACGUAUUUGGUUGAAUAAUAAUUUAUCAAAUUUAACAUGUCUUUGUCCAGUUAAUUAUUAUGGUGAACAAUGUCAAUAUCAAAAUCAACGAAUUAGUUUAAUUAUAAAAACAAUUGAAACAUCUCUUGAUUCUCGACAAAUACAAUUUGAAAUCAUUCUUUUACUUAUCGAUGAUAGUUAUGAAAGAAUUAUACAUUCAUAUGAACAAAUGAGUUAUUUAUUUGUGAGAAAUUGUCAACAACAAUAUCAUCAUUAUUUAUUUUAUUCAACUCGUCAAAACAAUCAAACGAAAAAUUAUGCAAUACAUAUUGAUAUUUAUGAAAAAAAUUCUUUUAUCUAUCGUGGAAGUUUAUUAUAUCCAAUAAUAAAUUCAAUUUUACCUAUAUAUCGUUUGGAAUUUCUAAUUAAUAUUCCACCAAAUAAUUUCCAGAUUGAAUAUUGUUCAAAACAUCAAUGUAUUCAUGGUAAAUGUGUUAAAUAUAUCAAUACACGAUCUGAUUUUUGUCAAUGUUAUUCAGGAUGGUCAGGAAAAUAUUGUAAUAUACCAUUAAAUAUUAAUUGUAAUUGUUCAUCAGAUUCGAAAUGUGUUGGAAUAGAUUUUUCUAGUCAAUCGAUAUGCAUUUGUCAAGCACAUAAAUUUGGUCCACGAUGUUUUCUUACUAAUAGAAUAUGUGAAAAAAAAUGUCAAAAUCAUGGUCAAUGUAUUCCAAAUGAUCCACAUGGAAUAGUUUUAAAUACCAAAUAUAUAUGUAUUUGUCCCGAAGGUUUUAGUGGUGUUCAUUGUGAAAUAAAAGAUUAUGAAGUUCAUUUAUCAUUUGAUAAGAAUUUGAACUUUUUACAAACAAUAUUUAUUCAUUUUAUAGAAACUAGUUUAAGUUUUCAACCAAAUCGAACAACAAUAUUUAAAACAAUUUAUUCAACGAAUAAUUCGAUUAUUAUUUAUUGGUCACAUAUAUAUCAUUUGAUUUUUAUUGAAGAUUUUAAAAAGAAUUAUUAUUUAAUUGCUACUCAAACUAAUGAUACAAUAUUUAAAAAAGUUCAAUCUAAAGAUCGUUGUCAACAUAUAAAUGAAUUAUUUAAUAAAACAAUUGUCUCAUUAAAUGUUCUUCAACGUAUGAAAUAUUAUUAUUUCCCAUGUGAAAAUUUAUCAUUAAAUCUUUCAUGUUUUUAUGAUGAUAUUCAUCUAUGUUUUUGUUAUAAUUAUAAUCAACAACAAUUAACAGAUUGUUUUCUAUUUAAUCAUACAAUGAAAUCUAAUUGUUUAGGUCAAAAUGAAUGUUUAAAUAAUGGUCAAUGUUUUCAAAGUGGAUAUAAUUGUAAAAAAAAAUCAACAUGUCUAUGUCGUUCAUGUUUUUAUGGUAGACGUUGUCAAUUUACAACAAGUGGUUUAGGUUUAUCACUUGAUAAUAUUCUCGGUUAUCACAUACAACCAUUAAAUAAUUUAACAAAUCAAUUAAUUAUUAUUAAAAUAAGUAUAAUAUUAAAUUUAAUUUUUAAUCUUGCCGGUUUCAUUAAUGGAAUAUUAACAAUGAUAACAUUUAAGAAUAAAAUUUUACGUGAAAUUGGUUGUGGAUUAUAUUUAUUAGGUUCAUCCAUAACAACAUUGAUUAUAAUUAUUUUAUUUGCAUUAAAAUUUUGGAUUUUAAUUUUUGCACAAAUGUCUUCAAUAUCAAAUCGAUUAUUUUUAAAAAUUCAAUGUAUUUCAUUAGAUUAUCUUCUACGAGUUUUUCUUCAUAUCGAUCAAUGGUUAAAUGCAUGUGUUGCUUGUGAACGAGCAAUAACAAUUCUACAAGGUAUUCAUUUCGAUAAAAGAAAAAGCAAGCAAAUAGCAAAAUUAGUUAUUGUUAUUUUAAUUAUUUUUAAUAUUUGUGUGUUUAUUCAUGAACCCAUUCAUCGACAUUUAAUUGAUGAACAAAAUGAAGAUGGUAAUGAUAAACGUAUUUGGUGUGUUGUUACAUAUUCAACAAAUUUACAUAUUUAUAAUUCGAUUAUAAAUACAAUACAAUUUUUUGUUCCAUUUAUGAUUAAUUUCAUAUCAGCUUUAAUUCUUAUAACAAAAAAAUCUCGUCAACAAUCAAAUAUUGAAACAAAACGAAAUUUUAAAGAAAUUUUACAUGAAAACUAUCGACAAUAUAAACAUUUAUUUAUUUCACCAGUUAUUUUAGUUAUUCUUGCAUUACCACGUUUAAUUAUUUCAUAUGUAUCAAAAUGUAUGAAAUCAAGUAAUGAUUCAUGGUUAUUUCUUUGCGGAUAUUUUAUUUCAUUUAUUCCGGCAAUGCUUACUUUUAUUAUAUUUGUAUUACCAUCGAAAUAUUAUAAGAAAGAAUUUCAUAAAUCUAUUAAUCAAUAUAAAACUAUUGUACGACAACGUUUACAUAUUUCAUCAUAA